UGCUUCGUUUCCACGCGCACGAAACCCUAGACUAGAAAUCCCCCAUCACCUCUCCCCAGGAUCCCCACCUCUCUCGCGCCGGAAGCCGCAGUUCUCGCCCGCCCCCCUCCCAAUCGCUCAAUUCCGCCGCCCGAACCCGGGACUUCCACGCCCUUCUCCUAUCGGUUCAGGCGGCCGGCCGGCGAGCGACCCAGGAUGGUGUUCUACUUCAAAGCGCGGCCCGACGCCGGCGACUACACCAUCUUCAUGGGGCUCGACAAGCAUGAGAACGAGGAUCUCAUCAAGUACGGCUUCCCCGAGGACAUCUGGUUCCAUGUAGAUAAGAUGUCCUCUGCUCAUGUAUAUUUGAGACUGAAUAAAGGUCAGACAAUGGAUAGCAUAAGUGAAGGUGUGCUGGAAGAUUGUGCCCAGCUUGUUAAAGCAAAUUCUAUUCAAGGUAAUAAGGUGAAUAACGUUGAUGUGGUUUAUACACCAUGGUACAAUCUGAAGAAGACACCAUCCAUGGAUGUGGGUCAAGUUGGGUUUCACAACUCUAAACUGGUUCGGACUGUUCAAGUAGAAAAGCGGCUCAAUGAGGUGGUGAACCGGUUGAACAAGACAAAGGUGGAGCGGACGCCUGACCUGAAGGCUGAAAGAGAAGCUGUGAGUGCUGCUGAAAAGGCAGAAAGAAAGGUGCAGCUUAGAGACAAAAAACGCAAGGAAGAGAUGGAGAGGAUGGAGAAGGAGAAGCAGGCUGAGAUAAGGAGCUACAAGGGCCUGAUGGUCCAGGACAAGAUGACUUCAAACAAGCAGAUUGCGUCUGGUAGCAAGACCUUGCAGGAACUAGAAGAGGACUUCAUGUGAGACAAGACAAUGAUGCGACAAAUUCAAUUAUACCGCAAGAGCUCUCUAAGAAGUGCUUCUGUCAAAGACAGGAUAGGCAUCGCUGGCUUUCAAGAAGACCCUUGACCUGAUGAUUCCAGGCGGGACCUUGACCUGUUGUGCUUGGUACUUUAAUGACCUCUGUAAACCCUGUUUGAUGUGUUUGAGACAACAGUUAUGUGUGAUCUAGCUGCAGCCGAUAUAUUGAUCGGUUAAUCGUGGACCUGACAUUUUAAUAAAACUUGUUUUCGAUGAUUUA